CAACAAUCCAACAAAGCCAUGCACCAUUGUUUAUCCAAAUCAUUUACACCCUAAAAAGCUGACAUGACAGACGUGUUUAAUUAUUUCUCAGCCUCUAUAUCAAGCUCAGGAAGACAUGUCCCAAAAGACUAGCAGGAUUAGGUCGGCUCUGAAAGCAGGCACCGGCAAGCUUGUUGCUGUCUGCUGUAACCAUGGCCAUGGCUUUCAAGAUGGCGACGGAGGGGAUGCGGGUGAAACAGGAGUGCCUGAGCUCGUUCAUGGAGAUGAAGUGGAAGAGGGUGAGCCGGUACGUGGUGUACAAGAUCGACGAGAAGACGAGAGAGGUGAUGGUGGACAAGGUGGGCAGGCCCGGCGAAGGCUACGACGGCCUCGCCGCCUCCCUCCCCAACGACGACUGCCGCUACGCCGUCUUCGACUUCGACUUCGUCAGCGUCGACAACUGCCCCAAGAGAAAGAUGUUCUUCAUCACAUGGUCUCCAACAGCAUCAAGGAUCAGAUCAAAGAUACUGUAUGCUACCUCAAAGCAAGGGCUGAGGAGGCUGCUUGAUGGGAUCCACUAUGAGGUGCAGGCAACCGAUCCUACGGAGAUGGGGUUUGAUGUAAUCAAAGAGAGAGCCAACUGAGCAGAUGAAUGCAUGGCCUCUCAAUCUAGCUAGUAAUAUAUAUAUAAUGACUAAGUAGUAUUCAUGAGGGGGGAUAGAUAACCUUUAGCUCAGCUGAGCAUAGCAUAUAGCACGAGCAAAGGGAUGCAGAGCACCAGAACACGAG